UGUUGACAGUUUGAGCUCUGUUCGGUGCGUGUUUAUAUUUAUUUAAUGUUUAUUUUUCUGUGUGUCGCAGGAUAGGCAGUCCCCCAAUGGUUUGUCUGCAUAUUGCUUCCACCUGACCCACUAGUAAUUAGUCUGAACUAGUAGGUGAUAAAACUCUUGAAAUACACUUCUGUGCUCUUACCUGUUCUCUUUUUGGAGUCGUGCAGUCUGAGUCUUGUCUCAUACAUUGCAGUGCACAGAGAUGUUCAUCAUGAGAGAGCAGGUGGAUGUGAUCUGCUGUAAAUCAGUAGGAACUGAUCUGUCCAUGCUGGAUAUUGAUGAUUUCAUCACAGAAAUCUCUCAGCUGAAGAACGAGGUGACGUCACUGAACGCAAAGCUGAAGGAGAGAGAUGACAGGUUACAGGAGCUGGAAAAGGUUUCCUGUCAAUCUUCAGUGUGUGUGACUGAUGGGACCUCCACAGAAUGUCAGGAUUCAGUGUGGAGUGGCAGAGAUCAGUCCACACCACAGCAGCUGCUGGACAAACUCUCUGAACAGAGAUCCAGAGACACACAGGACUCACAGCUCACUUUACUCUGUUCUACUGAUGCUCAGGAGAGUGUGUGUGACAGUAAUCAGGGUGAUCAAACCUCCACAGAGUUUCUGACUUCUGUCUGUAACGCUGGAGAACAGCAGAUGCUGCAGACUCCAGUGAAGAUUGAAGUGAAGCAGAAGAAGAUAAAAGAAGAGGAACACAGUGAUGAAGAUGAUGAUGAACAGCAGAUGCUGCAGAAACCAGUGAAGAUUGAAGUGAAACUGCUGGACUGCAGGAACUUUAUGAAGAUGGCAGGAGAAACCACAACAGAGGAACAACAAAGAUAUGAAGAUGAUUUUAUUCCUUCUGAGCUGAUGGAAAUGAAAGAGGAACAUCUGAAUGAAGAGGAGGAGAAACUUAAGUUUCAGAAACAUCAUGGUUUCACAACUGGAGAAAAAUCUUUGAGUGGUUCAAAGGCUAAAAAGAAUUUCUCAUCAAAAAAGCCUCGAAGAGCAGCUAAAAAUACAUUCACCUGCUCUCAAUGUGGAAAGAGUUUCAGAUAUAAAAGUGAUCUUAUUAAACACAUGAGAGUUCACACAGGAGAGAGACCUUACACGUGCCAUGAGUGUGGGAAAAGAUUCACUGUUAAAGCACACCUUAAUAGACACAUCAGAGUUCACACUGAAGAUAAGCCUUACACGUGCCAUCAAUGUGGAAAUAGUUUUAAAUAUAAAGACUCUCUUAAUGUGCACAUGAGAGUUCACACAGGAGAGAGGCCAUACAAGUGCCAUCAGUGUGAGAAAUGUUUUGCAUAUGCACACCAUCUCAAGUAUCACCUCCGCUGUCACUCUGGAGAAAGACCAUUUAAAUGUGAUCAGUGCGGUAAAACAUUUGUUUUGAAUUCAGUCCUAAAAGAACAUCUGAAAACUCACACUAAUGAGAAGCCUUACAAGUGUUCUUCUUGUGGAAAUAAUUUUGCAUGCCUGUUCUAUUUUAAAGAGCAUCAGAAAAUACAUACCGGUGUUGGGGCUCAUAUGUGCUUUGAAUGUGAGAAGACCUUUACUACAGCUGGCAACUUGAAAAAGCACCAAAGAAUUCAUACUGGAGAAAAACCUUUGAAGUGCUAACAAUGUGAAAAGACUUUUCACGUUGUUAUAAAACCUGAAAAUACUCGAGAGAAUUCAUACAGGAGAAAAACCAUACCAUUGGAUCUUCUUGUGGGAAGAGUUUCAAACAAUCAGAUAAUCUACAUAGACAUGUAAAAAAGUAUUGCCCAAGGAUUUACAGUGAGCAAAAAUCUGAUUUGGAAAAUCUUGCUGUAAUAUGCCGAUCAAUCACUGCCAUAGAGACUAAGUUCUCUGAGGUGGUUACGAGUGGGGGAUGUUGAGAAACAGAUAGAUUAUCUGGAGUCAUCGGAGAGGGAAGUGGCAGCUAAUCCGUAGUGACCAAGGUGGAUUUGGAGCAUGUCUGGGAGAAAUUGGAGGACAUGGAGAACCGUAGCUAAUGUCCGAAUCGUCAGAAUUUCUGAAGCCAAAGAGGGUCAGGUUAUGGUGAAAUUCCUGGAUGGGCUCUUUCUGUAUCUGCUAGACAUAACAGACCAUGAGCUGGAAAUCGAGCAAGCUCACAGGGUUCCGGCUCCGGAGAUCAUUUGAGAACAUUUUUUGUUAUGCGAGGAGUAUAGGAAGGCUUUUCUGGAAGAACCACAGCAUUUUCUUGUUCCCAGACUUUGCGAAUUCGACGAGAGAAAUGUGAUUGAUUCAAGGAAUAUAACAAACUCUAACAUAAACGGAAGUUCGCAUUUGCACUGAUGUUCCCGGCCAAAUUGAGAAUAGAUGCUAUGGAUGGCCGUAAAAUAUUCACAUGUCCCCAGCAAGCGAUUUCCUUCAAAAGGUCAAUAGAGUGAGUUAUUUUGUGGUACUCUCGUUGUAGCCGAAUGGACUGACUCGCUGAACAUUCACUUGACUCUUUGAGGAAACUGAGUGCCUUUUUUGUUUAUUUUUGUGCUGUUCCGCCUAGAGGCUGGAGUUUGUUUUGUGGAUAUACACUCCUUAAGGACAGUUUUGUAUAUUAAUCUGCAAGUUCUUUGUGCUUAUGCCUCCUAUUGGCUGGAGUUUGUUUUGUGGAGUAUUUCUUGCAAGACAUUGGAGUGAUUAGGUCAUUUGUUGCACUCAUGUAGCAGCCGAAUGGGCUGGCUCAUUGAACAUUUGUGUGUCCGAGGAAACUGGGCACUUUUUUUUUUUUAGUGCUGGUUCUAGCGGAAAUAUUUUUGUGUAAUAACACACCUUAGGGACAUUUCUGUAAUAACACACCUUGGAGACAUUUAUGGGGAGGAAUCUACACAUUCUUUGUGUUUAUUCCACCUAAGAUAUAUCCACCUCCUCGCGAUGUCUCCAUCUUCUUAUUGACACCACCCAUGUUUUUGUUGGUGUGUUAAGAUCCAAGAAUUUUGGUUGAAGGUUCAGAGUUUUAUGUGUGACAUAUUGGGCACUCAAAUUUCAUUUUGCCCCAGACUCUGUAUCUUAGGCGAUGGGGCAGUCAUCAAUAUAGGGAAUAAACACAUAAAAUGUUGGGUCCUAACCAGUGUUAGCUUUGCUUUGUUUACUGUAUGAAUCAAUAAAAAAAUG